AUGGAGAAGCUAACAGCAAACAAUAUGCUUCCUUGGGAUGUUCUUGCUAUUAUUUGCAAGAAACUAAAUUUCAAUGACAUAAUCCAACUUUCUACAGUGUGCAAGGACUGGAGGUCAUUUCUUGAGAUGAAAUUUCAAUCACCAUUAAUUGUUCAAAGAGAUUCAUUUUCUAAAAAUUCUCUUUCAUUUAUGAGCCUACCUGACUACAGGUUCUAUAGUGCUCAGAUGGAUAACUUUUGGGGCUUAUCCUAUUCAGGUUCUUCUAGUGGAUAUCUGAUUUUUGCUGGUCCUAAUAUGUUUCUGCUAAUGAAUCCUUUGACCAGAAGAGGGAAGAAAAUCAGCACCUUAGCUCUGAAAGAUAGUUAUGACUACAGGGGUAUCCGUGCCCAUUUUGCUUUUGUCAAAGGUUCAAAGGAAUAUGUCCUCGUGUUAUUUUCUAAUGGUUCCUGUAGGUUGAAUGUCUAUCAUUCCCAAAAUUCACGUUGGGCUACUUAUUCUACUAAAGGAGAUUCAUUGGAGGUUGUGGACCUUGUGGUUUUUCAUAAUUCUAUAUAUGUUCUUACUAACAAGGCCAAGAUAGGGGUACUUAACCUGAAUUCUACAAGUAUAAAAUUUCUAGAGCUGAAGAACACUCCUUUGGUAACUUAUAAUGACCUUAGGUUGGUUAGUUGUGAUGGAAAUCUUUUAGUGGUCCAUUUUGUGCCCGGGGAAAUGUUGAACGUGUACAAAAUAGACUUCUCAACUAUGGAGUUUGUCAGACAGGACACAUUGGGUGAGCUAGCAUUAUUUCAUUCAUCCUAUGCGAAUUGUUAUGCAUUGAGCAACCCAAGAAGGUGGGGAUAUGACAGCAACACUGUGUAUUCGAUUAUCUGCACAUCUCCAAAAUGUAACGUGUAUUCAGGGAAUGGUAAACUGCAAAAGCUCAUUAUGCCUAUUCAUGGAGUUCAAGUUUCAAAGAGAUCCAGACUUUAUUGGGUGGAUUGGUAUUUACCAUAUCUGCGGGAUGAGGUAGAUUAUUCUCUGAUCAAGUAA